CUGCCGCCGCCCGUCGUGCCAGCUCUAGCGUAACUUUUCCGGGCAACAAGCAGGGCCGCUUCUUCUCGACAACCCCUCAUGGUGUUGUUGGAAAAAAGAUGGAUGUAGUAGAUGUCCCUCUAUCUUCUACUACAUCCACUUUGAUGUCAACUAGUCACUCUCCGAAGAGCCAGCGCAUGGAUCCGAUGCUACGUACUCGUGUAGAUGCAGUGAAAAAGUAUAUUCAAGGCGUGGAGAUGCAGAUGAACGAGAUGAAAUCGCAGUCGUCCUCUGAAACUUCUGAAAGGCGGGUUAAAAACGUUUAUUCUUGCGACCCUGUUGUCCAUUGCUGGCAGCCGGGGCGCAUGUCUGUCGAGCAAUUAGUACGGACCCAACCUCCAGAGGUUGUAAAGCGCGAAUUGCUUAAGCGUGGUCGUGGGAUGAACGCGCGCAGUGCUUCUGGGAAAAGUGCGAAUAGUGGAAGUGCGUCAGCUUCCGUGGAUGAUGAAGCAGAGUUCCUAGAGGAGUUAGAGUGCAUUAUCCGGCACAUUGAGCAUCGCGACCGAAUCUUUUACUGGAGAUGGUUUUCCCGUGAUGUGUCGUCGUUUUUGCCGGUAUUGGCUGGCGCGGCAGCGGGAGGCUAUAUGGCGAAGCAGGCAUUAAAAAGUAUGAGGGAGUCGUCGAGCUGCGACAAGGAUUCUUGCGAGGUUUCUUGUAAGGAACGAGUCGGAUCCCGCACAUCGCCUUCUUCUGUCUCAACAUCUGGUGGCAACUCUUCUUCUAUCGAAUUCAUUGGUGGCGACUUCCCAUGGCACCUAGAACUUCCCAUGGCACCUAGAUGAUCAAUCACGCACCUAGAAGAUGAUCAAUCACGUUCAAUGAAGAUCCCUGUGGCGAUGGCAUACUACACUCAGUUGUAGAACAGCGGCUGCGUCGCAGAGAGUGCCUUUCCUGGGGCAUUGUACGCUGGAAAGUGACGGACGUGGUCACUGCUCAUCAAGGUCUGGAUCAACUGUCGGACGUUCUGAUGACUGGCUGGUUAGACGAUCUCAGUUAGUAACUUCGUUUACUAGUUUAUAUUCAUCAUCGUUAAAAAUAGCUUCAUUCUCUCACUUUCGCUGUAUUCUGCUUUUUCUCGUUGUAAAAACUCAGCUUCAACAUUGCCCACUCUGUGGAGUCAACGCAGACCUUCAUGCGAGCAUUUGACUGAUUCAUUGAUUGAUCCUCGAUUGAAUGAACCUGGACGAGUAACAGUACACUUGUUUAUACUUCGUUUUGGACAGACAUGAUUUUUAUUUCGUUGCAUUAUGAAAAAAAUGAACAGGCGAAAGCGAAUGUAACAUCUGAUUGGACUUCCUUGGAUAACGCACACCUUUUUAUGCACAGCAAUAAAUCACCCCAUUCAUCUAUCUUCUCAUCAAAAACUUUACCGUUUUCCAGCCCUGCACUAGGUCUAGGGGUUCCCAUGCUGAUUCCUGAUACAAAAGAUUGAGGAUGUCAUUGUCAG